AUGAGAAUAUCAUUAAAAUAACCAAAAUCAAAUGUUGAAGUGUUAUUGAAAAAAUGUUAAUCGAUGAUUGAUAAAUUAUUGGAUGAAGAAUUCAAUUUGGAUAGAUUGAUGUCUAAAUUGAGAUCAAAAAAAAGAAGAAAUAAUAAAGCAUCCACUGGAAAUGUGUUACAACAAAUAGAUGAAAACACUCUUAAGGAAAUUCAAACAUUUAGUAGAUGUUAAGUUGCCAUUAAAAAUGAAGAAAAAAAAGUUAUUGAGAAACAAGAGAAAUAAGGGAAAUAAGAGAGAUAAGAGAAAGAAACAACAAAAAGAACUACAGAAGUAGAUCCUUUUGAGAAGUUAGUUAAUAUAAAUAUGCAGAUUGAAUAAUGUCUUGGUAAUAAAGUUUAACUUAACAUAGAGUUAUUAUCAAAUUAAAAUAAGAUAGAAAAUGAGAGUGAUAUGGAAGUGAAAAUCAAUAAUCUGGAGGAGUAGAUUUAUAAGUUGACUGAGAAUAGAGUAUAUAAUGAUGAAAAUGUCGAGGUGUACAUAGUGUAGAAGACUAAUAAGAAAAGAAUGCCUAAUUUACAAAUUAAUUAUUGA